AUGGUUCGCUCCACCGUCGUCGUCGUCGCUAUCCAGCUUCUAGCCGUCACCAGCGCCGUCACCGCCAUCGAGGCCAUGUUCGAAGGGUUCAACAAGUGCGAACCCAACGGCAUCCUGGAGUGCCGGCUGCGGGUGCGCAAGAUCAACCGUACGACGGCGGCCCUGUUCGGCACGAUCGACCUGAAGGUCGAGAUGAGUGACCACAUCGAGACCGCCAUCGAAGCGUUUCACAGCCCGCUGGGCAACAACCAGUUCAACAAGUACCCCAUGAAGAUCGGCCCGGUCGGGAUGUGUCAGUUUGUGGCGGUGUACUGGGCGGAUUACUACUCGUACAUGGCCCGGUACAUUGAGAACCUGCUGGAGCCGGGCGUGUGCCCCAUCGGGGCACGGUUGAUCUCGUUCAACGAUAUGAUCCUGGACGGGAAGAUGCUGCCCCAGGUGGUGCCGACGGGGCUGUGGAAGCUGCUGUGGCGCGGUCGCGAUACGAACAACCCGGAGGUGGCGUUCGAGCUGGAGUUUGUGGCGAAAAUUUACGUCGAUGGGUUUUUGUAA